AUGAGGAUGCUGGCAAUUCUGCUGUCCCUGAUCCUUGGUGCCCAUGGGUCUGAGUGGACCUACUCAGAGGGGCCGGUGGGCCAGGAACACUGGCCUGACUACUACGCAGCCUGUGGCGGGCAGAGGCAGUCACCCAUCAAACUGCAGAAGAAGACGGUGAGGUACAACCCCUCCUUGAAGGAGCUGAAACUGAAGGGCUAUGAGGCCCAGCAGGGCAAGUUCUCCAUGACCAACAACGGCCAUACAGUGCAGAUCACACUGCUUCCCACCAUGCGCAUGACAGCCCCUGAUGGCACCAAGUACAUCGCUGAGCAGAUGCACUUCCACUGGGGUGGCAGAUCCUCUGAGAUGAGCGGCUCCGAGCACACCAUCGACGGGCGCAGGUUUAUGAUUGAGAUUCACGUUGUUCACUACAACUCUAAAUACAAGAGCUACGAUAUAGCCAAAGAUGCCCCUGAUGGUUUGGCUGUACUGGCAGCCCUCUAUGAGGUCCAGGAUAAUGCUGAAAACACUUAUUACAGCAAGCUCAUUUCCCAGUUGCAGAACAUCAAGUAUCCAGGACAAAGCACAACUCUGGCUGGCGUUGACAUUCACGACUUGCUGCCUGGGAACCUCCAUGACUACUACACCUACUUGGGCUCACUCACCACUCCUCCCUGUACUGAGAACGUCCGCUGGUUUGUGCUGGCAGAGCCCAUCAGUCUUUCCAGUGCACAGGUUUGGAAGAUAGAGAACUCCUUGUUUGAUCACCAGAAUGAGACCCUCCACAAUAAUUACCGUAGGACCCAGCCCCUGAACAACAGGGUGGUGGAAGCUAACUUCAAAUAUCUUCCUAAUCAUCACUCUGAGUUCAAGUAUUACCUAAGAGAGAUCCUUGGUAUAGUCACUGACUUGAGAGGAUCUAUUGAAAAGAAGAAGCCUAAGGAAAAAAACGACGAUUAA